CACAGCAGCUAGGGGGUGUGGGCUAUCUGGGCGAGGGGGUGCUCACUGAUGUCUUACAGGAGCCCUUGGUAGACAGGACCCACAACAGCAUCCUCUAGACUCCACUAUGUUCCUCUUUUCUCGUAAGACUAAAACCCCCGUCAGCACCUACACUGAUUCCUACAGAGCUCCUACCUCCAUCAAGGAGGUCUACAAGGACCCACCUCUAUAUGCCUGGGAAGCCAACAAAUUUGUCACCCCGGGCCUUACUCACACCAUGAGGCGCCAAGUGGAUCCUGAAGCCCUGCAGAAGAUGCUCAGAUGUGCUGUGGAAGACUACACUUACAAGAGUUGCAUACCAGCUCACCCCUACUUGCCUGAGAAAUACUGGAUCUCUCAGAUGGAAGCAGACAGAUGCUACCCGUAUGGUGACCGAUGUAACAUUCUGAGGAUGGAACCUUACUACUGUUCUGGCUGGAACAACAGAUACACCACAUGCCUUCCCCAGCUGCCCAAGGAUGCCGGAAUGGAGACAGUAGUUCGAGGAAUGCCCUUGGAGUGUCCUCCUAAACCCGAGCAACUCAACUCUUACGAGCGCAGUGUGGUGGCCAACAUGCUGAACACGCUGACACGGUACCAGACGCUGCCGCAGAUCACACCCCGGUGCGGGUGCGUGGACGCGCUGCCGCGCCGCCUGCCCUUCCAGGGUUACCAGAGCGCCUGCUCGGGCCGCCACUACUGCCUGCGCGGGAUGGACUACUACCUCACCGGGGAGCCUUGCACCCAACGCAGCCUGCGCCCUCUGUGCUCCCAGCUGCCGACUGUAAGGAGUGUACCCCCCUGCGAGCACCGGCCCGGAAUGCAGUGUGCUGUUAUAACUCCCCCACCAUCCUACUGCCCGUGUCCGAACCUUAGGUGGGACACAAGUCAUUUCAAGAAGACCGGUGGUCCCCAAAGAAACAACUAUGUUGUCCACCCUGAGUUUGUAUCUGAGAGCUAUCCAAAGUACUACUUUUAAGACCCUCGGCUGGUGGGUACAAGGGAACUGAUCAAUAAACUCUUUACCUCAAA